GGAACCUCCUCGCCCAGUUCCCCACUCCCCCUCAGACCCUGUCAAGCCGGCUCCAACGCAGGCCCUCACGCGUACCUUCAGCGGCGCGAGUCCAAGCCUUCUCCACCUCCUCUUCUCUCCUCCCCCUCCUUCCCCGCCCGCACGGCCACCAACCGCCGCCAAAGCAGCCGCCGCCAGCCCCCCCACCCUACACUCCUCACGCGUGCGCCUCCCACAGUCCCCACCGCGGGACUGUUCCAUUCCUGGCGGCUGCAGGGGCAGGAGAGGAAGGGACCGGCAAAGCGAGUCUGGCUUGUCGUUUGACUGGAAUUGCCAGGGUGGCGGGCCGAGUCCCAUGACAACCUACCUCCCUGGGUUCGUCGCCGCGGCGCUGCGGCUCGCCUCCUCCUCCAUGGGACCGCGGCGAGAGGAUCGAGGGCGGCCUAGCGCCCCUCUGCCGGCCGGUGGUUGGAGGCCGCGGCGGCUGCGCGUUGAGUCGUUUCCUGCCGGAUGACCCGACCCUUUUUUGCAGUCUCAGGACGGGCGCUUUGGAGCCGGCCCCAGGCAGUGUGUGUCGGUCGCCUAGUCUGGAGAACUAGUCCUCGACUCACGAGUCUCACUCUGUCACCUGGGCUAGCGUACAGUGGUGUGAUAUCAGCUCACUGCAACCUCUGGAUGCAAGCAAUCCUCCUGCCUUAGCCUCCAGAGUAGCUGGGACUACAGUGCAAGGAUGAUGCUGAAAGGAAUAACAAGGCUUAUCUCUAGGAUCCAUAAGUUGGACCCUGGGCGUUUUUUACACAUGGGGACCCAGGCUCGCCAAAGCAUUGCUGCUCACCUAGAUAACCAGGUUCCAGUUGAGAGUCCGAGAGCUAUUUCCCGCACCAAUGAGAAUGACCCGGCCAAGCAUGGGGAUCAGCACGAGGGUCAGCACUACAACAUCUCCCCCCAGGAUUUGAAGACUGUAUUUCCCCAUGGCCUUCCUCCUCGCUUUGUGAUGCAGGUGAAGACAUUCAGUGAAGCUUGCCUGAUGGUAAGGAAACCAGCCCUAGAACUUCUGCAUUACCUGAAAAACACCAGUUUUGCUUAUCCGGCUAUACGAUAUCUUCUGUAUGGAGAGAAGGGAACAGGAAAAACCCUAAGUCUUUGCCAUGUUAUUCAUUUCUGUGCAAAACAGGACUGGCUGAUACUACAUAUUCCAGAUGCUCAUCUUUGGGUGAAAAAUUGUCAGGAUCUUCUGCAGUCCAGCUACAACAAACAGCGCUUUGAUCAACCUUUAGAGGCUUCAACCUGGCUGAAGAAUUUCAAAACUACAAAUGAGCGCUUCCUGAACCAGAUAAAAGUUCAAGAGAAGUAUGUCUGGAAUAAGAGAGAAAGCACUGAGAAAGGGAGUCCUCUGGGAGAAGUGGUUGAACAGGGCAUAACACGGGUGAGGAACGCCACAGAUGCAGUUGGAAUUGUGCUGAAAGAGCUAAAGAGGCAAAGUUCUUUGGGUAUGUUUCACCUCCUAGUGGCCGUGGAUGGAAUCAAUGCUCUUUGGGGAAGAACCACUCUGAAAAGAGAAGAUAAAAGCCCGAUUGCCCCAGAGGAAUUAGCACUUGUUCACAACUUGAGGAAAAUGAUGAAAAAUGAUUGGCAUGGAGGCGCCAUUGUGUCGGCUUUGAGCCAGACUGGGUCUCUCUUUAAGCCCCGGAAAGCCUAUCUGCCCCAGGAGUUGCUGGGAAAGGAAGGAUUUGAUGCCCUGGAUCCCUUUAUUCCCAUCCUGGUUUCCAACUAUAACCCAAAGGAAUUUGAAAGUUGUAUUCAGUAUUAUUUGGAAAACAAUUGGCUUCAACAUGAGAAAGCUCCUACAGAAGAAGGGAAAAAAGAGCUGCUGUUCCUAAGUAACGCGAACCCCUCGCUGCUGGAGCGGCACUGUGCCUACCUCUAAGCCAAGAUCACAGCAUGUGAGGAAGACAGUGGACAUCUGCUUUAUGCUGGACCCAGUAAGAUGAGGAAGUCGGGCAGUACACAGGAAGAGGAGCCAGGCCCUUGUACCUAUGGGAUUGGACAGGACUGCAGUUGGCUCUGGACCUGCAUUAAAAUGGGUUUCACUGUGAAUGCGUGACAAUAAGAUAUUCCCUUGUUCCUAAAACUUUAUAUCAGAUUAUUGGAUGUGGUUUUUCACAUUUAAGAUAAUUAUGGCUCUUUUCCUAAAAAAUAAAAUAUCUUUCUAAA